AUGGCUUUUGAAUCAGUUGGUCGAUCCCUGGCAGACCUGGGCGAACCGAUUCAGCGACUCUUGCAGCAGAUACAACGGAACAUAACCGAUGAGGAACUUGAUAUGUUUGCAAGGAUCAAGGUACGGCAGCUUGCUAAGGUUUAUGACAUGUUGGCAUUGGAAGAAGACCCUGAGAGGAUAAUGACUUGGCUUAAGAAGGAGCACCUAAAAAUGAAGGGUAUCGAUCCUGCGGAAGUGAACGAAAAGCGUCGUAAGAAGGUGUUGGCAGAAGGUGGUCGGGAUCCUAUCGCAUACUAUAAAGAAAUUGAGAAGAAAAAUAUCGAAUUGAUGAAAUCACUGGAAAAGGCUCAACAAGAACGUGAGGCGAAGCGAACUUCAAAUAUUGCUGAGCGCCGACGUCGACGUGAAGAGUGUCAGAGACGCGCUUUAGAAGAAAAAACAAAACAAGCGGCAAUGGAUGACUCGAAUGUAAUUCAAAGGAUGAGUCCGGGGGAAGUUAGUGACAUUAUAGGAGCCUUUGACCGUUUUACGUCAAAACAAUCAACCUUUGAUAACUCAAAUAGUGUUCAAGAUACCGAAUGGUGGAAGCGUGAUGAAUACCGUCGUGACUACGAAAAAAAUGGUGUUAAAGGGUCGCGAUGGACCAGUGUUGUUGAGGGUGGGAUUCUACGAGCACCAGAACCGGAGAUUCAAGUUCGGGAAGAGUGGUAUCGCGUGCAGUGCUGGUGGAAAGCGGAUUCCCACCGUCGUAAUUGGUUAGCUUCUCGUAAAGCUGAAUGGUGGAAGGAGGAGCCUUAUAUUGUGGAUUGGUUGGAGAACGGUGAGGAUGGCUGCAUGUGGACGGCUGCGGAUGAAUUGACUGGGUACAAUCGCCGUGGUAACCGUCGUAAGGCUCCGAAGGCGGAACUUGAGUAUCGGGUCCAGUGGUACAAAGUAAAUGGGCCUAAAGGUAUUGUAAAGACCUGGUGUGCAUUGGUUGAGGGCAGUAAAGAUCAUUGUACAGUGGAAGAGAAAUAUGAGCGGGACGAUUUUUACAAAAACGGCGAUUGGUGGAAGUCAGAGAUCUACGUUAACUGUGUGAAAGACAAUCCAACUGAAUGCUCUGCGCUGCAUUUUGCCGGUGCAGCCGCCGCUGAUCAAGAGUGGUGGAAGCAACCUGAAAUUCGAGCUGAUUUUGAAAGAGGUGGUGUACUUUGGAAGGCUGCCGACGAGGAAUCGGCUGUUUCUGGGCGUAAGGAUUUUGCCACUGAAAGUGAGCUUUCCAGGAGAGAAUCAUGGCUGAAAAUUUACUGGUGGAAAGCUGAAAGGUACAUAGAAGACUAUGAGAAAAAUGGUCCUACAGGAAAACUUUGGCGUGAGACUGAGCCAGGGUCAGCCAAUAUAUCUGACGCUGUUGUCCUCCACAGCCGGGAGGAAUGGUAUCAUGAUUGCCGUGAAACUGAAUGGUGGAAAGGUCCCAAUUACAUAAAGGAUUGGGUGGAUAAUGGAGACAAUGGUCUUCUGUGGACAGCAGCCUGGCGUAAUGCAGCAUUGAAAGGGGAUGGGAAGAACCGAGACUCCACUUCUGAAUUGAAAAGACGUGUAGAGUACUACACCAAGAAUUUCUGGAAGCAGAGCAAAUAUGUGAGAGACUAUAUUGCAUUUGAAGAGAAAGGUACUCUUUGGAAGUCCUGUCACCCAUCCGCGGCGAAAGAUCACGAUUGGUGGAAAAGUCCAUGUUUUUUCACUCAAUGGGUAUUGGCCAAUCACGCAUAUCCUGCAGAUUUUUGGAAAGAACCGGAUGCCAUCUCAGAUUAUUGGAAAAAUGGUGCUGAUGGAAAACAAUGGAUGGCUUCAAAUUGCUUGAUAGCAAGUCUGGGAAAAGGGGGCAUAGACCAAGCUUCCGCCAAUGAAUUGGCUGUGCGGGAAAAGUACUACCUAAAGUAUUGGUGGCGUCAGAAGGAAUACUGGACGGACUACUGUGCUAAAGGUAUCAAGUGGUCUGCUGCAACCCCUGAAGGUACUGGCAAGUGCUCUGUGGAGGAACGUAAAGAGCGCGGAAACUACUUUCAGUCAGCUCUGUUAUCUUCUGCCGUUCUUGGAUACCAAAGUUUGACAGAAUUGGAUGCAUGGGCCCCAGUUGCAGGUCUUUUUGCUUCGCCCGAAGAACGGGGUUUGCGGAAUCACUAUUAUCAAACUGGUUGGUGGCGGACCCGGAAUGGUUUGACCGAUUACGCUUACCAAGGUGAUAAAAGUAUAUAUAUAAGUGCGGCGUCUUUCAAUGACGCACGCGCCUUGAAAUGUACUCGUUCUUCUUCUUGGAUGGAAGGCGCUUUAAGAAUGCUCUAUUUUGACAGUGGUUGUGUAGAGUAUAACGUGGACACCGAGUAUAUUGGGGAGUUCUACGCUGCAGCUGAUUGGUGGCAGGAACCUGCCAUUAUUUCUGACUACCUCCAGAAUGGUGAAAGUGGAACGAGGUGGAAAGCUAGCAACUCUGCAAGUGGCACCUGUGGCCUGGGAGAGAAAGAUAUUUGUUCAAAAGAGGAGCAAAAUUAUCGUAAGACAUUCUAUGCUUCCAAUUACUGGAGGAGUCUGGAAUGCCUCCAGGAAUUCCAACAAAAAGGGAUAAGGGGGAAAUUGUGGACAAUGAGCCAGCCACGGGGAAAAGGGGAGCGAGUAGACGAAAAAAAUCUACUACUUCGUGCACAAAUUCUUAGCGGGCUACCUGAAGAUUCAUGGAGGAAAAACAUGGAAGCUAAUUGGUGGAAGUCACCCGAAGUGCGAGCGGAUUUUUAUGCCAAUGGAGAGUCGGGUUGUAUGGUCAGCGCAGCAAAUGCAUAUGUUGCAGUGGAGUAUAUUGGAUUCAAAAGUGAAUUCAAGGCAAGUGCAGCCGAAAUUAAAAAACGAGUGGAAUUCUACACUACAUAUCCAGUAUCUAUUGAAGACGGAGAAAAAAGUCACUACUUUACGUUGAUUGAGCCAUUCUGGAUCACAUCCAAGAGCAUUGAAGAUUACUGGGUAAAUGGAUCUAGAGGCAAAAAGUGGAGGGCGGCUAACGCUGCUGCAUUCAGUUGCUCUUUGGGAGACAAGGUCACCGCAACGCCGGCAGAACUGCAACGGCGUGAAGAAGUUCUUCAGGCUCUCUUUUGGAGAGCUCCGGCUUAUAAAGAGGAUUUCCUCGCCCAUGGAAAAGGAGGUAACUUCUGGAACAGGACCGACGUUGAUGGUUCUGGAGAUGUCAUCAAACCUGCAGAAGAGGUUCUGCGCAUUUCCUAUUACAUGCGCCUGUCGGAAAAGUACUGGGCAGAUUGUAGGUAUGCAUCUCUGAACUGGUGGAAGGCGCCUGAGGUGCGGAAGGACUACGAGAUAAAUGGAUCUCGGGGCAGUCUCAUUGGGGCAGCCACAGCAGCAGUGGCUGUGAUGGGACUUUGUAGAGAUAGAUACUACGGAGCCUCUGAGCAAGAAAAAGAAGAGAGAAUAAAUUACUUCAAAAGUCAUCCAUACCGCGAUAAUCGUGUACCACAGGCGCUUCUGAGUCGGGAGUUGAAGCGUGUUUCCGCUAUGGGAGAUUUAUUUUGGGUUCACCACGAUUGCAUUGAGGACUAUGGUAUGCGCAGGGGUGAGGGUGCUGUUUGGAUGGCAGGAGAUGCCACAUCUGCAAGUACCGGUUCUGCCAUGAAUUUUCGUGCAAAGCCAGAGGAUAUUCAACUUCGUGAAGCAUUUCUGAGCAAGUUUUGGUGGAAGGCGUCUAAAUAUCGUCUAGAUUUUUUGCAAAAUGGAUUUGAAGGAGAUCUGUGGACGAAAGAGGCUCCAAAUGGGAGUGGUAGGAGAGCCCCUGAAGAUGAGAUUCUCAUACGCAUGUGUUACUAUGCCUCUCCUGGCCUUGAGUGUGAAAAAAGAAUGGAGGAAUUCGGGUUGUAUUGGUGGAAAUCUCCCGACUCCAUUGCUCACUACAUGGUUGAUGCUAAUAAUAGCGCGUACGUCAAGGCUCGCUUCCCUCAGGUGGCACUAUCCGGUGCCCAGAAUGGUAGUGAUAUGAUUGCCACCACGUCCACCACAGAAUACCGAAAUCAUUACAUGAUUGCAGUGACACCAACAGACUCUGCAGAGGAUAUUACGGAUACACAAAUAAUGGCUGGUGUGAAUCCGGUAAAGAGUAUGUGGUGGAAAAAUGAGUCAUAUCAACGACUGUACGACUCUCAAAGACCCCUGGAGCACUGGAAAGACCCAGAGUGCAUCUCGGAUUUUUUCAAAAACGGACAGAAGGGUAGGAAAUGGAUCAUUGCAGGUAACAUAUUCCCAACAAACAUGGGUGAAAAUUGCAGCAAAGAAGAAAGGAAAGAACGAGAAGUAUAUUUUACUGCCAACUUUUGGAAGUCUAUCGAAGCGCGUAAUGAUUAUGAGCUGAACGGACUUAAAGGGACACUCUGGACGUCGAGUGAAGCUGGUGGCAAAGGGAAGCCUGUAUCUGAAACAGAGCUCAGUGUUCGCAUGGCUUACUAUAAACCAUCACUUCUAUGGGAACUUGCAAUUGAUCCGGAAACAAACGCUGAGAGCACAUGGUGUGGGCUCCAUGAAGACAUAUUGCGAUGUGAGUGGUAUGAAAAAAACUGGUGGAAGUGUUCGGUUGGGGACGAUUACCUGAUUAACAGUCUGAACAGCAGGUUGUUGCGAGCGGCGAGCUUGGAAAUAUUUUUAAACGACUCGGUCGAAUCUUCUCAAUGGCAGAUCUCUGAAGAAGAAGCCAAGGGACGGAUAGCUUACUUUGAGGGUGUCGGAGAGAAUGAGUGGUGGCAAAAUCCUGUUGUGGUAUCCGACUUUAAGGCGGGUGGAGAAGGUUCUAUUUGGAAAGCACGCAUUUUCAAAGAAGCGUUACUCAGCAUGGGCUUGGAGUCUCCAGCUGAUGAAACGGAACUGGGGCGCAGAAAACGGUGGUAUCACGUCAAUGGAUGGAAAUCGUCAGAGAUGAUUCAAGACUACGCUGCUGGUGGAAAUAAAUGGAAGACUUCUGGAUCUUCUGGCCAGAGUUCACGUGAAGCCUGGAUGAAAGUACAUAGAAGUGUAUCCACUGAGGAGGAGGCAAGACGGAGGGAGUGGCUUGAUCAUCAACUAAGUGAUGAACAGCGACAAUACCGACGUGCAUGGCUUCUGCAACGAAUGCAAGAAGCUCGUAGAAUACAUUUGUCGGAGUUAGGCGAUCUCCUCACCCAGCUCAACGAUGGUAUACGCCCCAGUGACGAUGAGAUCAGGGUAAUUGAGGACGCUAUCUCUAGUGAUCGCAGAGAUUACUUCACACUUGAAGGUGUUACACAGCAGGAUUUCUUGAGGGCAAUACACACCACAGGUUUUUACAUUGGUGCGACGGAGGAGGAGAAAUUACGAUCAGAGCAUGAAGCACUCGAGGCUCUUCAGAAGGAAGAAAUGGAUCGGCUAGAAGAGGAAGCUGCUCAUUUGGCACAAGAGGCACUGGAGGAACUUGAAGCAGCUGGUGAAGAGUAUGUCCCCUUUGACGAAGCCGCUGAUGCAGAAGAACAAGAAUAUCUUAAUGCUCUAGAAGAAGAAGAAGCUGCGAAAAUUAAUCCGAAUGAAGACGAUGUCGAAAUGGAAUGGGAGGCGGAACCUCCAAAAGAAGAAGAGGUUAUCAUUGAAGCGCCUCGUGAUGAACCUCAGGAAGAGACAAAAAAACGCCAACAUGCAUUGGAAGAGGCCUUCGCCAAGGAAGACUAUGGAGGUGACAUUGGUGAAGAAGAUGCCGAAGCUGCAGAGGGAGAGUUGGACGACGAGGUUAAAGCGGCUCUGGAAGAUGUGGUGAACAACGACGAUUGGGGGGAAGAAUAUGCUUCUGAGUGGAACGCGACCCAGGGAGAAGUCGAUGGUGGCAUGCCAGCUGCUCACCGUUUUGUUCUUCCCCUUCGGGAAGUGCCUAACCCACAGUAUCUUAAAGGGUUCUUCACUCUGAUGAAGUACACACCAAGCACAAAUCUGAUUAAUACCAGCCAAAAGCGUAUUUGGGUGGUGGACCACUUUACACAGUGUUUUUAUAACUUGGCAAAGAACAAUCGUAUUCGAAAAGAGCACGCUGCAAAUAAAAUGAUCCAAUUAGAAAAGAAUACUUAUGACGCCACUCGACUAAGGAUGAUGUUUUUCGACGCCUCGCAUUCUUAUGAUAUGCAGUUUGUGACAGCUGACGAGCGCGAGCGAUUCUACGAGACAGCAAGUGCCAUUCGUUCAAAUAUUCGUGUUUUUGCUCCCGACCUUGUAGGGCCAGAUGAAACCGAAUCGCAUGUAACCAUCGAUGGAUCAGGUGCUAACGCGAUAUCUGUGAUAUGCUCAGAUACCGCAUCUAAGCCCGUGAAGAGACAGUUGAUGGGUGAAUGCACCAUCAAUGCUUCAAGAUACAUGACAGAGCCUGUGUCUAUUUGGUGUGGCACCUUCGAUCUUUCCGGCCACCGACCUCCGAAGUCUAAAGAUGACUUAAAACAUUGGAUGCCCAAAGGCAAGUAUGACAUCUACGCUGUUGCUGUUCAAGAAGCUUCGUACCGCCGUCAGGAUAAUGAGUGGCUUGACUAUAUUCAAGACUAUCUGGGCGGGGGCUAUCUUCCACUAGCUAGCAUGUUCCUUUGGGAUACUAUGUUAAUCGUCAUGACCAAAAGGAAAAAUCUCUUCAAGAUAACAAAUGUUGUGGGUUCAACGCGAGGAACUGCAUAUAAAUCUGCGUGCGGAAAGAAGGGUGGUAUUGGUAUUUCCAUUCAAUACUUGGAGACCUCCAUAUGUUUCUGUACUUGCCAUUUGGCAGCACGCAAUGAGCAUUGCGCCAUGCGUAACGCUAUCUUGGAAGAGAUUGUGGGUAAUAUUCGUCUAGGUGUUCCUGAUGCGGAUAUAACGAAUCAAUUUGAUCAUGUAUUCUUCUUCGGAAAUUUUAACUAUCGAUGUGAAGUGGAUUCUGAAAAAGCAGAGUCCCUCAUUCAAGCAGAGAAGUACGAUGAGCUACUUGUAUACGAUCAGUUUAGCAAGGAACGAAAAAACGAAGGUAUACUCUACGGUUUUUCGGAGCCGGCCAUCAACUUUGCACCGACGUACCGUCUUAACGUUGGCUCUGCUGGAUACGUUCUUAAGAGUUCUCCCAGUUACUGUGACCGUGUUUUGUAUAAGAGUAUGCCUAACGCAUCGGUGAAGUGCACAGGAUACGGGUCCGACUCGGACUUGCUUUUAUCAGAGCACAGACCUGUAUCAGCUACAUUCGUCGUGCGAUGCGUACGGCCGGUGGUGUCGUGCUUCAUGAAGAUUCAGAAGCCUGUGCCCGAGUUUAUAUUCGAGGAUAUUGCUGUAAGGGAUUAUACUGGUAGUGUCAUAAAGAAGCCGGCAUUGCAAAUUUUCGCGCGUUUCGCAUCCAAUAUGGAGCUUAUUCUAUCGCCAGAAACAAGCACGAAAGCCCCGAUUUGGCGAAAAGACACACUCCCUCCCGUUACGUCCGUCACACAAGUGCAAGAAUAUCUUGAGACGUGUCAUAUUCUUCUUAUCAUUCUUGACGCUUCAGAGAAGCGAGAGGAAACGAGGAGCCGGGGAACGGGAAUCAUUACAUUGCAGGGCUGCGUGGUAGGGAAAGAAGACACAUCCAUAAACUUUGAGUCGGACAUUAUCUUCUGCGGAAAGUGUAUAGGAAAGAUAUGCGGUUCGUUUAUCUGGCAUGCUUUGAAGCGAGAAUUAAAAGCAAAGUAG